GUGUUUUCUAAAAGCACAGAUAAGAGGCGUCAACAUGAAGACAAUACUAGCUUUGCUGUUUGUCGCUGCGGUGGCCGCGUAUACCCAGGCGCAGGAGUUGGAAUACCAUCCCCAAGCCAUCAUGCAUUAUCUGGAGAUGGAAGAUCGUGAAAUGGCAAACAAGGUUCGCGGUGUUCUCAAAAUGAACGACGCGGAGCCUAAACCCAAACUACCCACUGGAAUUCCACCGAAAUUCAAAAUCUGCAUAGGACUGGCGAUCAUAUGUCACAAGAAAGCUAAAGACGAUGCUUGUAAGCAUCUGAAGUGCAUCAAAUUAACUGGCAAGUGUUUAAAGAAAGCUGGUCUGACGAUCGAGGACCUACCCGAGAAUAUGAAAAAAUGCCUGCCGAUCAUUCCUUGUUGUUUGUUGGGUAGCGAGUCAUGUGCGGAGAAGCUGUGCUGCUUCGUGAGGUAUGGAGAAUGCUUGAAGAAACUUGGAGACAAGGAAGAGUAACUUUCUCCACCGACCCUGAAACCAAAAAAACGUCAUAACGCCUGCACGAUAACCGACAGUAGUUUUGUAUCGAUAUCAAGUUGUCAUGAGUGAACAAAUGUUGCAUUAAAAGAGCCUGAUUGUUAUAAA